AAAGCGUCCAGCCGAAACUUGACCCUAGUCGGAAACUCAGCCUCGUUGACGCAGCGCAGGCAAGAAAGUCGUUGGCUGGGAAAAAGGUUCACACUCUCUCUCAGCCCUCAUCUAUAGAUUACAAAUAUCACUCUUUCUCAUUGAUCCCCGGUAUGCGUUUUUCAUUGUCGCACGAUACCUAACGACGAUACGAUUCCCCGGUAUUGCUCCUUCCGUCAAAUUCCCGGGUGUUGAGAAGGAGUUAAGGUUCAUCGUGAUAUGGCUACCAAGUCUCCUGUCAACGCACCACAUAACCCUCCAAUGGGACCAAAUGGAAAAGCGACGGCCGCGGCGCCGAAGCUGAGCGACGAUGAGAAUGUAGAAUUGGCCAGCAUGCAUCAAAAUGACCUGGAAGCGAACGUGGAGGUGGACAUCAUGCAGCUGGCACGGUUAGGAGAUGUUCAGAGCAUGGAGAAGUUGUUUGAAAGCGGGAAGUUCGAUGCCUCGUAUUGCGAUCAUGAAGGAAUUACUCCAUUACAUUGGGCUGCUAUCAAUAACCAGUAUGCGAUGUGUCAGUUUCUGCUGAAGGAGGGCGCGGAUGUGAACAAGAAAGGAGGAGAGUCGGUCGCUACACCUGCCAUGUGGGCUGCUCAGAGGUGUCAUUAUUAUACCGUCAACUUAUUACUGCAGCAUGGCGCAGAUCCUCUGAUCAUCGAUGUCCAAGGGUACAACAUCCUUCACCUCGCUACUUUCGAGGGCAAUAUAUUCCUCCUGGUCCUAUUGUUACAUCAGGGCAUCAAUGUCGAUGUUCCCGACAGUCACGGACAUACUGCUCUCAUGUGGGCGGCAUAUAAGGGAUUUCCGACAUGUGUAGACCUGUUCUUAAGAUGGGGAGCGGAUGUACAUGCUACGGAUGAGACGGGUUUCACGGCAUUACAUUGGGCAUUGGUGAAAGGUUCCCAAGGAUGUAUGCAAAAGCUGUUGGAGUACGGAGCCGACAGAUUUGCGGAGACAUCGACCGGAAAGACGCCAGCCAUAACCGCAGAGGAAAUGAAGACGGAAAGGAUAUGGCACCGAGCGCUGAAGGAAUGCGGGUAUAACGAAGACGGGAUGCCUCGAACUCUUGAAUUUCCGAUGGCCUCAUAUCUGAUGAAGGAUAAGCGGAAUUUCAUGACGAAAUUCUUCUUCUUAUGGCCGUUCUUCAUUAUAUGGGUUAUGAUCAUGUUGUCAAGUCAUAUGUUUGUGUAUGCUGGCAUACCACUGGCUCUUUUUGCUGGAUACUCGUUACAAUGGGUGGCCUACCAAGUCAUGGACUAUGCUCCGGCUGAUAUGAGACAUAUGCACAAAACGCCUUGGCUAGCAGGUAUCUUUGCUGGAACACUAUUCUGGGUCGGUGUGAACUGGAUUAUGACUAUUCUGCCAUGGACAUUCUCGACCUAUCCUUUCAGCAAUAUUGCGUUUGGGGCGGCUUACGCCCUUUGCGGAUACUUUUACUUCUGCACCAUGUUCUACGAACCUGGUUUCGUCCCAAAGCUGGGAGGGUUAACGCAGCAAAAGGAGAUGAUUGACGAGCUUUUGAGCUUGUGGAAAUUCGAUGAUCAAAACUUUUGUGUACCUUGCAUGGUACGGAUGCCUUUAAGAAGCAAACAUUGCAAGAGAUGCAAUCGUUGUGUGGCUAAGCAUGAUCACCAUUGCCCUUGGGUGUACAACUGUAUCGGCAUCAACAAUCAUCGCCACUUCUUCUUAUACCUUGUUUGCUUGGAAGUAGGUGUCUUCAUCCUCGUAAGACUGGCCAUUGGCUAUUUUGAAAUCAUUAGCAAAGAUGCUGAUGACUCGUGCAAUCUUCUGGCCCCAGCUUUGUGUAAAGUCGUUAAUGCGGAUCCUUACACCUUGGUUCUCACUUUCUGGUCAACUUUGCAGUUGACAUGGGUAACUAUGUUGAUGUUCGUCCAGCUAGUGCAGAUCUCCCGAGCAAUGACGACCUGGGAGAACAUGAAGGGAGCACAUCAUGGACAUGGUAGCAAAGCCUCAGAAGCCAUCACAUCUGCUCUCACGACAGGAACAACCUCCAGAGCAGGAGCUCAAAUCGGAAGUACAGGCAUGGGUCCAGAUCCAGCGCUACCCCCGACUCAUGCACCAGGCCAUAACCACCCGCACCAUAAAGCAGGGUGCUUUGCACAAUGGAAGAAGAUCCUCGGCGUUGACACUUUCGUCGAGACUGCUUUGGAUAGCUACAAGGGCGAUAAGAAUCGACCUCGAGCAGCACGGAAUCCUUUCUCAAACGGCUGCAUCGGGAACUGCAAAGAUUUCUGGUGCGAUCCCGCUCCAGUAUUCGGCAAGCGCGAUAAUGGAGCUGCAAUGUUAGGAGGCCAAGUCGUGGAUUAUACGGCUAUGUACGAGACGCCCAGACUAAUGAGUGCAACGAGAAGGAGAGGAGGUGACGGCGCGGGUGCUUAUGAGGCUGUUGGAAAUGAUGACAGUGUAUGAUAUGAUUAUAACAUAGCGAGCGAGCGGGCGUAUGAAUGACUCUGUCUAUAUUAAUGAAGCAACGUUUAUACUUUUCACAUUCUCG